AUGGCAGAGCAGCUGGAGGAGGCGCUGCGCGAGCGCGCCCUGCAGGUCAUGACACAGCACCAAGCAGGAAUCCGUACAGCAGAGGAGGCCCUGGAGAGGGCCUUGUCAGAGCUGGCCAAGCUGCGGGCCCGCGAGGAGCGGCGGCUGGCGGAGCGGCUGCAGCGGCUGCGGGAGCGCCACGAGCAGCAGCGGCAGCAGCUGGCGCGCGAGUACGAGCAGCAGGUGGCUGAGCUGGACAAGCGGUCGCAAGCAUCGGCAGAACAGGCGGAGGCCGAGUGCGCCAGGGCCAUCUCGGCCGCGGCGGAGGUUCUGGGCCAGCGUCUGGGCGCCUCAGCAGCGCCAAGCAGCGCGGCGGGGCCCUCGGUCGAACGAGGGCAGCAGCAUCUGGCAAUAGGGAUGGUGAGCGCCCCGAGAAUCACGCUCGCCAGCAGCAGCGGCAGCGGGUCGUCCGAUGGCGGCGACGGCCCGGGCGAUGGCGAAGGCGGCGCCCCUGCGUGGCACAGGCGGCAGCCGUCGCUGCAGGGGUGCGACCACCAGGCUCUGCUGCGACAGCAGGUGCUGCAGAACGCAAGGGGCCCGCCCAGCGGCAGCAUUUUUGCUGCCGGCAGCAAUUCAUCAACUCCGCGACGACGGUUGGAAGCAGCGUUUGCAGCGGCCGUUGUCGAGCGCGGGCAGCGUGUUGCGACGACUGACGCACAUGGCGCAGGGAACAGCAAUGGGGUCAAGGAUAAGGGGCGCAAGGAAGGUGCGUCCAUUGGGCGCAGCCCGUCCGGGUGGGGGGCGGCAGGCUCAUACCCGCGUUUCCGCGGCAACGUCAGAGCUCCCACCAGCAGCCGGGGAGACGGCGGCAGUGGCAGCAGCGUGAGGCGUACAUACACAGAUUUGAUGGCCACAGCAAGCGGCCGGUGGUUGGCAGAUGGUGGGCGUGCAGGCCACUUGCUGAGCGGCGACAGCGAUUGA